GAACCUAGUUAUAAGGUGAGGUUUUGGAAGGCAAAAAACCUUGUUUUCAGUGUUUGUUUAAAACUGUAUGGAAAUCAACACCUGAACUGUGGAAAUAUCAAGCUCAGGUGUUAAUAGUGAAUGUUUAUGCUCUCUAGCCUCACAAAUUUUGCAGGUGGUGUUUCUGUAAGAAUGUGCAGUAUAUCCUUUAAUCUUUCUCCAGACUCUGCCAUUUCUCUGAAACCAGUUAAGUAGUUCAUUCUGUGUGUUCAGUCCCUUUACUGGGGCUAUUGAGGGAAAAAAAGUUUUAGUUCUGACUUAACUCAGUUUUACUCUGUCUCGUGGAAUUUUUUUUACUCCAUCUCAUAUGGAAUCAGGAGGAUUAAUUCCUUCUUUUACUGAUUUUUCUAUUGCUACUGUGUCUGUCCAGAUGCGGUAAUCUAGAGUUGCCUGUGGGUAAUGUAUCUUAAGAAACCUGCAUAGGUGGCAUAUGCAUGAAGGCUACUUAGGUGAUGUCUGGCUUUAUUAUAUACAAAUUGACCUACUUCAUGUCAAGUCGAUCAGUAUGACUUGUAUAAUACCUACCAACUUUCAGUAGGAUCUCAAAAUUCCUUUUAUGCGCAUGCAGGCCAUCUUAGCUUGAAAAAAACAGAAAUUAUUCUCUGUUCACAAGUCUUGCAGUCUUACUUCAGUAUGCCAAGGCACAUGAUUUUGCAAUUGUUUUUUCCAUAACUGCUUAAAGCUAUGGAGUAUUCUACCAAAAUGUACCCUCAUUAGAUUUUUCUACAUGGUUUCUGCAUUUCUGAAAACUAUUUCCAUUUUGUUGUGCAGCAAAGAAACUUCCUGGCUGGGCUUGAAGAGGGACAGGGGAUGUGUCUGGACCAAGGAGGGAUUCUCAGUCUGCUUCCAGAUGGAAGCCAAGCCUGGCAUGGGGAGACCUAUGGAAGAAAAAUAAAAGUCUGUUUGGGAUCUCUGUCCGUAGUCUUGUGGGCUGGAGAUGCCCAUUGUUUGUCCUUGAUCUGUUUGUGUGUGUAGUUUUAGCUCCAGGGGAAAAAAAAUUUAAGGCAAGGCAUGAAAUAUUCGUGUUGAGAUUUCAAAAAAAUAAGCUCCUCCAGUGAGACACUGAUGGUAGUACUCCAUAACUGUCCUGGAAAAUAAUGGGUAUUUUACUUAAAAGCUAAAGCAAGCUGUUUAUUGUAUUGAAUGGGAUUCUCAGCUGACAAGUGUUUGAUUCUGUUCCUUCUUUCAGUGGGAAUGGUUUUUACAACCAGGUGCAGAUUGCCUUCUAAAAAAAAAAAAAUAAAUUAGUUUCCCUUCUCAUAGCUGUGGAUGUCGUGGAGAUCUUCAGUUCUCUGUUCCAUGGUGCUUGGUUUCAGACUUUGCUGGGUAGUCUUGGUUUUUGCAUGCUGUCUGUGAAUGUCCAGGUCAGCAUAGUCCUUGAAGUCUUUUCCUUAGUUAUGAGGUGUUUGAAAAUUCUCUGUGCUUGCAUCCCUGUUACAAGCCUUUCACUGACAUCUUAUGGGAGGAAAAUGCUUGCCUCAAGCGAGCAGAGGGUUGAAAUGUGGAACUGUUUCUUGUCUAUCAUAAGCAGCACUUGUGCAGUCAGCCCUCUAGAAUGUGAGGGCUAUGCGAGUGCUUUGUCUUUCCUGCUCCGGCUCUCGCUUUAACAGCUUGUCCUCUGUUUUUUUUUCCUAUGCAUGGCAUUUCUGCAGAGGUGGUUUAGUUAUGAUACUCUGAAGAGCUGUAGUUCUCUGAAAUAUUUGAGCAACAGUUGCAGUUGAACCUUAUCUCUAGUGUAUGUAAAGAAGCAAGGAAACCAAACUCUGCAGAGCAGAUCAGCUGUUUAACGGUGGGGCUUUUGUUCUUGAGAAUAAAACCUUUUACAGGGUAUUGAUUUAGUAAAACACUGAAGUAUGGAUAAGACAGAGUACAACUGCCCAUUUUAUUUAGCAGUCUGUAGACACUGAGAUUUUCCUGGUAACCACUUCUAACAUCUUGCUAGCUGAGUUGGAUGUGCAGUCCACAGGGUGUGCACUUAAACUUUUCUGUAAGUCCAAGCAGCCAUCUGUAUAAGUAAAAUGGUUUUGAAGGAGUGAGAAGGCGGAUGAAUGUCAGCUUGCUGAUGCAGAUCUUCCUAGGCUAACUGUAUAGCUAGUUUCCUUUUUGGGUGUCCCUCCCUGUUACCACAUAAGGGUGCUUAAAGAAGAUAGGAUUAUUAAGCAACAAAUACUUGGAGGGAGUUUAGGGUCAGCAGAAGUUUCUGAGCUGACUUUGAACAUGCCUCUGAAUGGCAUACGACGCUCUGCUAUAGAAGAUGCACUAUUACCGAUAUUCUAAUGCAGAAGUCAGCUGUUGGUACAAAUACCUGCUCUUCAGCUACAACAUCGUCUUCUGGCUAGCUGGGGUGGCCUUCCUUGCAGCUGGUCUGUGGGCAUGGAGUGAAAAGGGUGUAUUGUCUGAUCUGACGAAGGUGACUGGUCUUCAUGGUCUGGACCCAGUGGUGCUUGUCUUAGUGGUGGGAAUAGUGAUGUUUACUUUGGGAUUUGCUGGUUGUGUGGGAGCACUGAGAGAAAACAUCUGCCUUCUGAAGUUUUUCUGUGGAGCAAUUGUGUUUAUAUUCCUGCUGGAGCUGGCAGUGGCAGUUCUGGCUUUCCUGUUCCAGGACUGGGUGAGGGACAGGGUCAAGGAAUUCUUUGAGAAUAACAUUAAAUCCUACCGAGACGAUAUUGACCUCCAGAACCUCAUUGAUUCGCUACAAAAAAUUAACCAUUGCUGUGGUGCCCAAGGUCCAGAUGACUGGGACUUUAACAUAUACUUUAACUGCAGCAGUGAAAGCAAAAGUCGUGAGAAGUGCGGCGUUCCUUUUUCCUGUUGUAUACCUGAUCCUGCCCAAAAAGUUGUGAAUACACAGUGUGGCUAUGAUGUCAGAAAGAAGAGCAAGAGUCAAUGGGAUGAUCAGAUUUUUGUCAAAGGAUGUAUUCUUGCUCUGGAAGCUUGGUUACCCCGAAAUAUCUACAUUGUUGCAGGUGUCUUCAUAGCUAUCUCACUGCUCCAGAUUUUUGGGAUUUUCCUAGCCAGGACAUUGAUUUCUGAUAUUGAAGCUGUAAAGGCAGGUAAUGCCUUCUGAAUAUAAAAGCAGACGUGUUGCAAAAAAGUAUGUUUUACGGUUACUGGUUGGAUGUGAAGGUGGAAGAAAUGAACAGACCAUGAAAUACUCCUGUUAUUAAAAGCCUUAUGUGGAUUUUACCCUGCUCAUGCUUUUUGUUAGAAGCUGGUACAAAAAAAAAAACCCUCCGAACACACACCUGUCUACCUUUUUUCUAACAAGACAACUCGGUGCACCAGCAUUGAUCUCUGAGGAAGAAAUGGGAUUUCUCAAGACGGCAGAACAGAUUUUAAAGAUCGUAGCAAGGAGACAUGAAACUGCUGUAAACUUUCCUUGAAGGAUUACUGUGAAGACUGUUCUGUUUUCACUCCCAACUGUCACCAGUCUCAAAAUGUAAUCUUUUCAGAAGGCGUGCUGAUUGCUUCAGAAUCUUGAAAUGGUUUUAAUCUCUACAGUAGACUUGUGCAGUCAUUUUUUGGCAAAAUACCCAGCAACCAUAAUGAUCAUGGUAUUGGAAAUUGGAAAAAAAGUCACAAAUUGUCUAGUUCUUUAAUUGAUUUUUCAGUUGUGGAGAAGUAGGGAUGUUUGUUUGACUGGGAAUAAUGUAGACGUCUCGGGAGCAGGAACUUGUGCUCAGUAUCAGAGCUUGAG